AUGGGGCAGAUCCCCGGCGUGGCCUGGCUGAGCUGGCUGAGCUGGCUGAGGCUGUUGGUUUGGCUGAGCUGGCUACGGGUUUUUGUCUUUGCUUCCGCGGACUUGGAGUCGACUUCAACGGUCACAGCAUCGACAACUUUGGAUGUCAAGACGUCCACGGGCCUCCCCUCCUUCCAGUGCGACGCUGUCACGAUCCUUGGGCAUAGCGAUGGAGUUGCUCUGAACAGCUGCACCGAAGGGACCUGCUACGCCAGCGAUCUCAUCUACGUUUGUGGGGGUUACGGCACCCAGUGCUGCGCGCCGCGGAUCAGUCUGUGCUCCUCAGGGGCCACCUGCUUCGCCACCACGCAGAUCGACACCUGUAUGCCCUGGGCUGCUUGCUGUGCGCCGAAGGUCAAUACCUGCCUCUCCCCAUCCUGCAGCCAAAACUUUCCCGCCUGCACGCAGACCUAA